GAUUAGACCGUAAUACUACACAAUUUGUUCAUAAAAACUAAAUUAAAAUAAUGCACCUGCAUACUACUAUUUUUAUUUGUGUAGCAUAUACGCUCCCCAUUAUAAACCUGCAAGUAAGUCUGAUCAAAUUUGCAUUUUUAGUAUAAAAACAAAAACAAAAUUUUACAUAAAAAUUUUGUCUUAUUAUAUUUUAUCUUAAGUAUUUAAUUUUUAUUAGUAGUUAUUUUGAUAGUUAUUUGUAUUUAUUAUUUUUUUAAUGUUACAUAUUAAUCUGCAAUAUAAGCUUUACAGUGUGAUACAAUCGGUUUUUUUAAUUUUUCAAAUUGUACGUUUUUUGCUUUAGGUUUUUUAUUAAUUUAAAAUGUUUUUAAAAAAUAUUUAAAAUGUUCUGAAAUAUGCAUAAUAUAUUUUCAAAAUCCUAUAAUAUGUAUUUAAAAUACAAAACUAUAAAAUAUGCAAAAUAAAAAUAGUAUUAUUUUAUUUAGUAGAACAUGAAUAAAAUUUGUGUCCAGGUCCACAAAUUAGAUGAACAGAAAAAAAUGUAAUUUCAUAAACAUCCUAGCUCUAGUUAAAACUUAUUAUUAUUGUGUUGCAAACGGGAUUGAUUAUACUUUUUUCAAUUUAUAAAAUAAAUUUAUCGUGUAAAUAAUCUUAAAUUAUUAUAUUGUUAUAAAAUAUGUCUAUUAUUAUUUCUUUUAGUUGGUUUCAAAUCUUGUCGUACACAAUUAUUUUUUAUUAUGAAAAUCUACCUAAUUAAAUAUUAUUAAUACAUAUUUCUUUUAGAAUGCAGGCGUAUCAGGACAUUUAUUGAGUAAAUUCUUCAAAUUUAAAUGUUUGUUUUGUGAACCUUAUCAGACUCGGAAUAGAUCGAGCACAGUAAGUAAUCAAUGUUAUCAAUGAUAUUUAAAUACUUUAUAUGUUUGAAUAAUAUUAUAGUACUCCAAUCAAAUUGAUUUAAUUUUUUUUUCCAUAAAGGUAUACUAUAGUAGAGAAUACACAAUGAUAAAAUAUGAUUAGAUGACUACAGAAAUGAUAAGAAUAACAUUAUUAUUUUUUUAUGGAAUUGAGACUUUAUUAUAAUAUAGUGUAGCAACACGAAUUUAUUUUAUUAUACUAUUCACGGAUUUGUAUACAUUCAUAAAGGUGUUAUUCCAAUUUUAUACACAAGGGAGAGAGUUAUUGUAUGUGUUUUUUUAGCAUACCUACUCAAUUGUUUAUGAAAAGUUAGAUUAGAGUUUUUUAAAUAAUAUGUAAACAUUUUGUGGGGGAAAAUUAUACGGUCAAUUUGGAUGAUUUUUGAAAAAUCUUAGCUUGCCUCCCCCGUAUGUUAUGCCUACGUAUCCAAUGUCUAUAUCAUUCAUUUUGAAUUAUAAUUUUUUUUUUCAAAAUUAUUUAUAUUAUUAUAUAAAUUUUACAAUCAUCUUCUCAAAUAAUCGACUGAUAUACAUUUAUAAAUAAUUAUUAAUGAUAUUUAGAAUAAGUUCACAAAUUAAUUAUUUAACUUAUUGUAGGUACUACAAUUAUUAAUUAUGACGUUUCAAAUGUAGUACAAAUUUGAAGAUUAACUUACUUAAUCAUAAAAAUAUUACAACGUUUUAAAUAUGCGUUGGUAAAUAAUUGCUGUUCGUUUCAUAUUUUUAGCAUACAACUACUAUACCGCCUCCGAUAAGUACAACUAUUCGUACCACGACAGAAUUCAUAACGCCAUCCAGUACAAUUCUUCCAAAUAAUGUAUGUAGCUAUAUUUUAUAGUAUAUUAUAUUUGUUUAAUAUUUGACUCGGGAGAGAGGGCUUUGUUUUUUUUUUUUUUAGCAUACUCAAUUGUUUAUGAAAAGCAUGAUUAAAUUUUUUUAUAUAAUAUGUAAAUAUUUUGUGGGUGGAAGUUAUUUGGCGGAUUUGUGUAUGUUCGUGGAAUCUCAGCUUUCACAUUCGAACAUUAUGCCUAUGUAUCUAAUAUCCAUAUUUUUCAUUCUUGAAUUAUAUGUAUAUUUUUUUUUAAUUUUUUCUAAUAUUAAAUAGAUUUCACUAACUAUAUUAACGUUUAACAAUCGAUUCGCCUAGUUUCUACAAUCAUUUUCUUAAAUAAUUGACUGAUAAAAAAUUAUUAUUAAUGAUAUUUAAUAUUAAGUGCACAAAUUAAUAAUAUAACUAAUUGUAGGUUAUUAUACAAUUUAUAACGAGGUUUCAAAUAUAUAAGGUGUGACAGAAACAUAACGAGACUUUCUAAAUAUGAGCUAAAGUAUUAACGUUAUCAAUAAAUCAACUAUUGAAAUAUUAUUAUGAAACAUUUAUCUAAGAGUACUAUUAGUAUUAAUGAAAUCGAUUUAUUUAUUUUUUAAUUUAUUAGCCUUGUUAUUAGUGUGUUGUCUAUUUUGUCGUAUUUAUGUUAGAUCUAAAAAUUUAAAAACGUGUUAACAUUAGAUUUCUUGUUAAAUUGAAAAAAACUGCUGUGGAAUCGUGUCGAAUGUUAUGUGAAGUUUAUGGUGAGAAUAAUUCUAAUAAGCUAGGGUUUUUGAAUGGCACAAAAAGUGGUUUAGUUGAAGUAAGAACGUCGAAGACGACGAUUGUUCUGGGUGUAUACACGUAUUCAACGAACGAAAAUGUUGACAAAAUCAACAAUAUUAUUCGACAAGAUCGUCAACUAGAGAUGGUAAUAUUGAUAGAGCAAGUGUUCAUAAAAAUUUAAAUAUGAAAAAAUGUGUGCUUAAAUGGGCCCUAAAUAUUUAUCGUUGAAAUACGCUUUUUGACAGAAAGAAUUAUUUUUGAACUUCAACAUCCUUUAUUUUCUAGACCUUGUUUUUUGAGGCUACUUUAUAUUUUCAAAAAUUGAAAGUUCAUUAUAAGGAAGCUAUUUUAAACGGUUAAUGAUGUCAAAAUGAGAACGACUGAACUUUUAAAUGGACUUACUGAAAGUGAUCGGCAGCACUACUUUCAUCGCAACGAUGUAUGGAACAGUGUGUAGUUGCCAAAGGAAACUACUUUGAAGGUGAUAAUCAUUAAAUUGUAAACAUUUAAAAUUAAACUACUUUUAUUUAAAAAAUCUCGCUAAUUUUCUAUCACACCUCGUAGUGCAAAUUUGAAGAUUAAACUAUCUAAUCAUACAACAAUUAUUUAAAUAUGCAUUGGUAAACAAUUGCAAAAAGUACAACUAUUAGAACCAUGACAGAAUUCACAACUCCAUCUAGUACAAUUAUUCUUAAUACUGUUUAUAGAUACAUAUUAUGGUAUAAUAUUAUUACAUUUAAGACAUUUAAGUGUUAUAAAUCUUGAGGAGCUAAGUAUAAUAAAUUACCAUUAUAGAAUAGGUAGCAAGUAUGUAGAUCUAAUCAAUGGUGUUUCCAUUAAUUUUUUUGAGAGUAUUCUGUAGCACCUAAUUUUAUAAAUUUUUCUUUUGAAUUAUAUUGUAUACGGGAAAAUGGAUACCAACUCUACAAUAAACUAAAUUCAAAUUACUAAAACAAAACACUCGACAUUUUUAAAAACAAAAUACUAUUAUGUGUAUUGUAAGAAAAUUGUGAAAUUUUCAGUUCUUCGUCAUAAUUGCUGAAAUAAACACAAUUUGUAUUACUAUUUUAAUUUUAGUGACAAAAGUGGUAUAAACGGCUCGUGAUAAUAAUACAAUAAUAAUACAAUGUUGAGAGUAUACGGCGUGUAUGUCAGUAUACCCCAUGGCCCUAUGAAAAUACCGCUAGAUGUAAUGUUUGGAUAGUGCAAUAUCCUGAUUAUUGUAAGUAUCCGGGCAUAUGACCAAUGACCAUCCAAACAAGCGUUUCAAAAAAAAAAAAAAGACAUUUUUUUAAUGAAUUUUUAUUUUGUUAAAAACUUUUAUAACAGAAUUUUAUUAAACACGAUUUAUCUACAUAAAUAAAAUACCUGAAGUAUGUAUCUAUCAUUUUUCCAUCUUACAUUAUAAAACAUACCUAUUUUAAUUGAUAUAAAUAUAAUAUUUUUCUUUAAUUUAGAACUUAUAAUAUAAUCUGUAAAAUGUCAAUAAACAAAAAUGCUUGUAUUAAUAGUAUAAAGUAUAUACAGUGGCGUAUAAAAGGAGUUUGAGGGGUUCCCCCCCCCCCCCUCCCUGAAUUUUUUUAAUAUAUAUAUUAACUGAAACCCAAAAGAUCUUUUUAUACUCCCUCCUCCCCAAAUUAAUUUCUUUAUUCACCUCUGAAUAUAUAGUUAUAUUAUCUAUGAUUUGUGAGUAUAAUAAUUUCAAAUAACUAACAGACCUCGAGUAAUUUGUUAAUUCAAAAUUUCAAAUCGUUCAUGUAUAAAUGUUUAAGCUGCGAUUCCUAGUACCAAUGUUUAAAAGAGAUCAUCACCAGUCUGAUCUCAAAUAAUUGGGUAUUAUUUAUAGUAAGGUGAUAUAAAUAAAUAGAUUUUAAAAUAUCUAAUGAAAUAAUUAAAAUUAAUAUAAUUUGUAUGUGUUUUACAGGGUACGUAUACACCGGAAACACUUUCCAAAUCUGAAGAUGUUAUAUCAUUCUUUAGUUCCGAGAUAACGUUGAAGAAUAUAUCGUUUGAAGCAAAAAGAUCUGCAUUUUCUCUUUUAUGUACAUCAGGCUUAAUAACAAACAAUCAAAUACCUCCCGUUGUAAUUGUUAACAUAAUCAAAAUGAUUGCUUCUUCAAAUGAUGUCCAUGAAAUAAUUUUGUACGAUCAGAUGAAGUUCAACUCCGUAUUGAAGAUGAUAACAAAUUAUCCAUGUGCAUUAAACAGUGUAUCGACUAAAGUUCGCAUUCAGUUUUUAGAUGGAUUAUUGUCAUCGUCACCCGGUAUUUUGAUUGGUAUUCCUAAGCCAGUUUUCAUUUCCAUACUUGGGAUGAUUUCAUCUUUUGAUGUUUUAACCGCUUUACCUCUUUCGUCGACCAUGAAUUUAAUUACAGCGCUUUCAUUGUCUAAACCUGUAUUUAACUGCUUACCAGAUGAAACAUUCUUAGCACUGUUAAAAUUUAUUGUCGCGAAUUCCCGAGAACAAAUAUUGAUAUUGAUACCGCCAUCAACUCUUUUCGGUUUUUAUGAAGGAAUAUUCGACAGAAUAAACAAUGAGCCCUUUGUUUAUGGAAGUGCGAUACUGCCAAAAUCACUUAUCAUAGAGAUUAUCUCUCCUAUAAUGACAUCACGUAUGUUGAGUGUAUUUCCAAUUCAUAUGUAUGACAAAUUGUUGAAAAUUAUUGGACCAUGUACAAAAGAAUUUCCUACGUCUAAUAUGAUUUCUCUGUUUACUGUUUUAGCUAAAUCUCCAAUAAUCUUAAAUUCAUUAAAUCCUUAUUAUCUUUCACAAAUAGUAGUGGCAGUAUUACAUAGUAUGCCUACGGGCUUAACCGAAGAACUGGAACUUUCAAUAGCUUAUUAUUUGCCAUCUGUUGAAAACUUUGUUUAGCUAAAUUCUCAUAAAAUUAUUUUUAAUAUAAUAGAAGAACGGAAUAAUAUUGUUCUCUUCUCUCUUUUUUAUAAUCUUUUAUUUCUUUGUCGUGCACACGAGUAAUCUGUCUACUUAC